AUGACGGUCACCAAUGUCAACGACUCUCAAUGUGUCAUAGCCAAAAGCAAAGUUUCGUCAGAAACAGCGGCCCAGACUCCCUUUGAUAUCCUGACUCGAUACUAUGUAUUCCCAGAUGAACACCAAAAGAACUGGUGGGAGAAGACCGGGGCACUCCUAGGCAAAGUGCUUGCCUCGGCGAAUUACAGUGUCUCGCGACAAUUCGAAGCCCUCACCUUCUACGGCCAAGUGCUGAUCCCACUUUUGGGCCCGUAUCCACUGAGCUUUCGCAGUGCGAUCACGCGAAGCGGCCUCCCCGUUGAGUUCAGCGUGAACUACCAGCAGCGAGGGGAGGUUGACCCCGUGGUCCGAAUCGGUUUUGAGCCUGUUGCAAUGGCAUCCGGCACUCCAUCCGACCCCUACAAUCAGAUCCCCAUUUCCACUUUGCUUGAUCGGCUGAAGCAGCUGGACCUUCCGGGGUUUGAUGACGAUUUGUUUCAGCAUUUUCUCACAAUGCACACUCUCAGUGCCGCAGAGAGAGAGGUCAUGGCCCAGAAAAAGAUGGAAGGAAGCGACCUGACCUCGCAGGCUGCUUUCGGGUUCGAUCUGAAACCCAAUACGAUCUCCGUGAAGGGGUAUACGUUCCCCGCGCUGAAAUGCCACGCCCAAGGUUCGGGAUUUGGAACUGUCAUUUCCGAGUCCAUCAAGCCCCUCGAGAACCGCAUUGGUCACUUUGACUCGUUUGAUAUGGUGAACGACUACCUGGAAGAGACGAACGGAUAUAGUCAGUUUGCCUUCUGGUCGUUCGACUGUGGAGAUCCAGCCCAGUCACGACUCAAGCUAUACAGCUCCCAUAACGAUGUGGUCCUGUCUAAAAUUGAGGAAAUCUGGACCCUGGGUGGGCGGAGCACCUCGCCGACGGUGCAAAAGGGACUCGAAUACCUUCGGGAGUUAUGGGAGCUGACCAAGCUGUCCGAGGGCCAUCGUGCCUUCACAGGCGGGUUCGAUGACGGGAAGGACUCGACCCCAACUCCGAUGGUAUGGAACUACGAGAUGAAAGUAGGCGAGCCCGCGCCAUUGACCAAGUUCUACUUCCCGAUCCAUGGGGAGAAGGACAAGGAUGUAGUCCAGGGCCUUGCCCAGUUUCUAGUGAAAAUUGGUCUGUCGAAAUAUGGGGAGGACUAUGAACAAGUUGUUCGAGAUUACUUCCCUAAACAAAGCCUAGACACGACGGCUAGACUCACUUCUUGGAUCUCCUUUGCCUACAGUGAGAAGACUGGUGUAUAUCUGAGCGUAUACUAUCAUUCAUCUGAAGAUUAUCUAUGGUCUGAUGGCAGCACAGACGAGUAG